AUCACACACACACACAUACUCGUCUGAGGAUGUGCUGCAUUGCCGUGCGCUCUUUCCUAUGGAUACGUUUGGCUUAAACUAGAAGCUCUAGAGCGCAAAGAGGGGGACGUCAGGCUGUUGCACGAAGUCUCCUCGAAUCCUCCAGGUCAAUGUGGUAAGUCGGCGCCGAUGCUGACAUGGGCAGCAGGCGUGCAGUGGCCCCGGACCCGCGCCUGGACGGCAGGUUAAUGCCGGCCGCUUUGGUGGAACAGGAGGAAGACGAGGAUGAGGACGAAUCCUCCGAUACCAGCAGCGCCGACCGAGCUACUGUGCCCACAUUCGACGUGCCGUAUUUCCGUUACAUUGAUGAGGAGGGCACGGAGGAAGAGGGCGAGGAGGAAGGCUGGUGCAGCAGUCGCUCCCUGUCCUCCAUCGAAGAGGAAGACUCCAGUGACUCUUCUGUUUCCCACAGGUACGCUGCCGUGCCCGCCACCCCCGAAAAGGUUCUGGAGCAUCUGCUGGGCCACCUGAGGUUGGAUGAGGAGCAGAAGAGCCCACAGAGCAGAGAGACAGAGAAUCUAUUGGAUGACUUCCUGCUGACGUACCCUGUGUUCAUGUCCACCAGUGACCUGUGCCAAGCACUACUCGGUCACUAUUGUUCAAAGAAAGGCAGGGUGAAAGAGGAGGGGAGAGACACUCUGCUUAGGAAACGAAAAGUGUUGCACCUGCUGUCCCAGUGGAGCUCGCUGUGCGCAGACCUGCCGCGGGACGACGAGCACGCCAAACUAUUCCUCAAGACUCUGUACAGAUAUGUUCUGGAUGAUCUCUAUGAGUUUCCCUCGCUGGAGAAGGAUCUGAAAGAACUUCAGAAACUUCUACGGAUGCAAAGGAGAUACACGGUAGAUGAAAACUCUCCGCAGAGGAAGAAUAAAGCUCUCUUCCACCAGCUGAGUCUGAAGGAGAACUGGCACCCUGUGAGAGGAGCUCAGAGGGACAGGAAGGAAGUGUUGUGUCGUGUGUACAUGACCAUAGACUCAUACGUGAGUGUGAGGACACACGGCGAGGUGUCCGUUCAGGAACUGCUGAGCACUGUGGCCGAAAGGCUCGACUGUGCUGAGGAUGACAUGGUGCUGAUGGCCGUCACAUAUCCUGGAGAGAAGGUUCUGCUUCAGUCGGAUCAGUGUGUGUUCUCGUCUUCACUCAGUGCCGCUGAGCGGCUGCACGUCUGCAGAAGAGACCUGACUGAGAUCAUGAGUCCCUUCACUGAUAAUGGGCAGCAGCGCUCAGUAAAGAUGCUGAGCAUGAACACGUGGGAUGUAGCCGUGUCGCUCACCAACUGUGACUGGAGUCUCUUUAGUAAUGUCCAUGAGCAAGAGCUGGUAUACUUUACUCUGAGCCGUGACACGAGCACUGGCCACAUGGUGGCGCUGGAGCAGCUGUUGCAGCGCUGCAAUGAGACUCAGCAGUGGGUGAUGACCGAAGUACUUCUGUGCCCGACCCUCUGCAAACGUGUGCAGCUCUUCAAGAAAUUCAUCAAGAUCGCAGCACACUGUAAAGCACAGAGGAACUUGAACUCAUUCUUUGCUAUUAUUAUGGGACUGAACAGUCCCGCCAUCAGUCGACUCACUCAGACAUGGGAGAAAGUCCCUGGGAAGUUCAGGAAGUUGUUCUCUGAGCUGGAGAGCCUGACGGACCCUUCUUUAAAUCACAAAGCCUACAGAGAUGCCUUCAGGAAGAUGAAGUCUCCCAAGAUCCCUUUCCUACCUCUGCUUCUGAAAGAUAUUACCUUCAUUCAUGAGGGCAACAAAACAUUUCUCGACAACCUAGUCAACUUUGACAAACUACACAUGAUAGCAGACACAGUGCGGAUUAUCAGGCAGUGUCGGACAGAUCACAUGGGAAACAUGUUGUCCCAGAAGGACAGCGUGGAAGUGAGAACGUACAUCAAUUACCUGCACGUCAUCGACAAUCAACAGACUCUGUUUGAGCUCUCACACAGACUUGAGCCCAGGACAUAAAACAACUUGAUAUAUAUCCUAAAACCACUACUGAAGACUGGACAGGGUCCUUCCUCUAACUGAAGACUGUGACGAGUAAGUCCUCCACUAGGGGGAGACACAAUCACGCCAACCACACAGAACAGAUACAGAGUAUCGCACAGCCAAAGAAAUCUCAGCCAGUUCAACCCACCAUGUGAAAGGAACAAAGAAGCUGAAUCAUGCAAGUAAAAAGCAAGAAUUUACUGAACGGUUAUAAUAGGAAACAUUACAGUGAUCCAGUAUUCUUUAAGUUACAGUACAGAAAGAUCAUGUUGAGAAUUCAGAUGUCUUCAUACAGCACACUUUCACUCAGUAGUGUAGGGCAGAUUUGAGUUAUUUUGAGCCAGUUUGCCACUGCAAAAUAUGUAGCUUCACUAAUAAAUAAGAGCAUGUGCAUAUAUGAGAAAUUAAUAGGCACAUCUUUAUUUCUGUGUAGUCCAAUUAGUCUGAAAUUUGAGCUACAUGCGCAAAUAACAAAACAAUGUGAUGCUUUUUUAUAUCAUGGCCAACAAUUUGUAGACAAUCAGAAAGAUAUCCCAAGGCAGCACACUGUAUUUUAGAUGCAGAAUUGCUAGUAGAAAUUUAGAUUAAAGCGACAAUUAGUUGAACUUGCAUAAACUGUAAGGACAUCUUAAAAUUAUGCAUAUCUUUGAGGGAAAAAAACUAUAUCUGUGAAAUCUAUUUAGCAGACUGUCAUAGAAAUAAUUGGGUUUUAAAUUAUGGAUGUAUUUUAUUGGAAAAGCCCUACUGAAAAUAACUGAGCAAUGGUUCUGUAAUGGCUUACAUGAGAUGGUGCUUGAAGAAAGCAAAUGUAUAGAUUUCUUGUAUAAGUUGUACUUUGACUUGUGAGACAUUGAGAUAUUUAUUAAACAACAAGCUUGUCCCUGACUCAGAAGGGAAGACAAAACACGUUUUAAAUACAAAGAAAAGAUGUAAUGUACUGUAAAUGUGAUCAGAUGGUCUGAAGGAUUUGGCAACGCCAUUGAUUGACCAGUCUGAUAAUGCCUGUGAGGUUCACAUGUGAAAUCUGUAAAUAUGAAGACUUUGUUUUUAAUCAAUAAUGAUAAACAGACCAUAAAGCAAUAGCAAGGUGUACAUCUCACCUUCAGAAUAACAAAUGUCAGCAGUGACUGACUGUAGCUGCUGUUUGCACUAGUUUUCUUCACAAAGAGCCUGACAUUAAAGA